CCCCUCUUUCUGGCUCCCUCCUCGGCCGCCUUCUUGGGCAAGAAAGGAAGGCAACAAAGGGAUCCUCCGAGGCGCGCCUUCCUCGCCUUUUCUCCUUUUGUCCUCUCGAAGUUUGGGCAAAGUUUUUCCUCCCUUCUCGGAUCCUUUUUCCCCUUUUUGUUUCUUGGAAGGGAGCCCAGAGGAGCGAGUGGAAAACCUCAGCCGGGCCUCCGUCUCGCCUCUCUGCCUUUUUCUCCCCACUUUUUUGGGGCGUCGGGAAACCUCUCCAAAAAAAAAAAAAAAAAAAAAAACUUUGGAGAAGAGAGAAGCGCAAAGGAAAAAGUUUUUUUGGGGGGAAAGUUCCCCUCCCUUGGAUUAUAUUUUUUUGGAAGAGAGAGGGGACAACUUGGGUUUGUUUCCCCCUACUUUUGGGUGUGUUUUCUCCCCACUUUUGGUUGUUUUCCUUACUUUUUCGGGUGUCCAAAAACAACAACUUUGCGCGACUUUGAAAAGAGAGAAGCGCAAAAGGAAAAAGGUUUUGGGGAGAAAGUUUUUGGGGAGAAAGUUUCCCCUCCUCCUUGGGUUAUAAUUUUUGGAAGAGAGAGGUGGAAACUCGGUUUUGUUCCCCUUACUUUUGGGUGUGUUUCCUCCCCACUUUUGCUUGUUUUCUUGACUUUUUCGGGUGUCCAAAAAAACCUCUCCAAACUCGGUGCGCCCUGGAGAAGAAGAGACGCUUUGGAGAGGACUUGGUGAAGAGGAGAGGAAGGGAACUCGGGGGGUGAUGGCUGCGGAGCCCGGCCUCCCCUUGGGCCACUUCACCCCCUUUGUUUUGGGACUUUUGCCCCCCUUUUUGGGACGGAAAGGCCCCUUUUCUCUCGUGGCGCGACUCUGUGCGCCUUAAGGAGAGGCCCGGCUUUGGAAGGAUUGAAGGGAGGGAGGGAUGGGUCUGGCUCUGGGCCUCUCCCUGGGGGUCGUGGCCUGGGCCUGCCUCUGCCUGGGGCCCCUCGGAGGCAGUGGGGCCUGGGGGGCCUCCAUCCCGGCCAAUGGCACCCUCUCCGGACGGGCUUCGCAGAAGGAGGCGGAGACGGAGGCGCGGUGCAAGCGGGAGGCGCCCUGCGAGCCCUUGGAGCAAAGCCUCUGCCUGGGCUCCCCGCUCCCUUACGCGGCCACUUCCACGCUCCUGGCCGAGGACUCCGCCUCCCAGGCCCAGGCCAGGCACAAGCUGCUCCUCUGGUCCGGCCUGCGCAACGCUCCCCGCUGCUGGGACGUGAUCCAGCCGCUCCUCUGCGCCGUCUACAUGCCCAAGUGCGAGGGCGGGAAGGUGGAGCUGCCCAGCCAGACCCUGUGCCAGGCCACGCGUGGACCCUGCACCAUCGUGGAGCGCGAGCGUGGCUGGCCCGACUUCCUCAAGUGCUCCACCGACCGCUUCCCCGAAGGAUGCCCGAACGAGGUCCAGAACCUGAAGUUCAACACCUCUGGUCAGUGCGAGGCGCCCUUGGUCCGGACGGACAACCCCAAGAGCUGGUACGAGGACGUGGAGGGCUGCGGCGUCCAGUGCCAGAACCCGCUCUUCACCCUCACCGAGCACCAGCAGAUGCACCGCUACAUCGCCGCCUUCAGCUCCAUCACCAUCUUCUGCACCUUCUUCACCCUGGCCACCUUUGUCGCCGACUGGAAGAACUCGAACCGCUACCCGGCGGUCAUCCUCUUCUACGUCAACGCCUGCUUCUUCAUGGGGAGCAUUGGCUGGCUGGCCCAGUUCAUGGACGGUGCCCGGAUGGAGAUCGUGUGCCGCGCUGACGGGACCAUGCGCCUCGGGGAGCCCACCUCCAACGAGACAUUGUCCUGCGUCAUCAUCUUUGUCAUUGUCUAUUAUUCCUUGAUGUCGGGCGUCAUCUGGUUCGUGAUGCUGACCUACGCCUGGCACACCUCCUUCAAGGCGCUGGGCACCACUUACCAGCCGCUGCUGGGCAAGACCUCCUACUUCCACCUCCUCACCUGGUCCAUCCCCUUCGUCCUCACCGUUGCCAUCCUAGCUGUCGCCCAGGUGGAUGGAGAUUCGGUCAGCGGCAUCUGUUUUGUCGGGUACAAGAACUACCGCUACAGAGCCGGGUUCGUCCUGGCCCCCAUCGGUCUGGUCCUGCUCGUCGGGGGCUAUUUCCUGAUCCGAGGCGUAAUGACAUUAUUCUCCAUUAAGAACAACCACCCAGGCCUCUUGAGCGAGAAGGCCGCCAGCAAAAUCAAUGAGACCAUGCUGCGUCUGGGGAUCUUUGGCUUCCUGGCUUUCGGCUUCGUCUUCAUCACCUUCGGCUGCCACUUCUAUGACUUCUUCAACCAGGCGGAAUGGGAACGCAGUUUUCGGGAACAUGUUUUGUGCGAGGCCAACGUGACCAUUGCCACCGAGACCAAGAAGCCGAUCCCCGACUGCGAGAUCAAGAACCGCCCCAGCCUCUUGGUGGAGAAGAUCAACCUCUUCGCCAUGUUCGGGACCGGCAUCUCCAUGAGCACCUGGGUCUGGACCAAGGCCACACUGCUCAUCUGGAAGCGCACCUGGGGCAGGCUGACAGGACGGAGCGGGGACGAGCCCAAGCGGAUCAAGAAGAGCAAGAUGAUCGCCAAGGCAUUCUCCAAGAGGAAGGAGCUGCAGAACAACCCCAACCAGGAGCUGUCCUUUAGCCUCCGCACUGUCUCGCACGAGGGUCCUGUCGCUGGUAUGGUUUUCGAUAUCAACGAACCCUCAGGAGAUGUCUCCUCGGCGUGGGCGCAACACGUCACCAAGAUGGUGGCCAGGAGAGGGGCCAUCCUGUCGCAGGACGUCUCCGUGACACCUGUCGCCACACCUGUGCCUCCGGAGGAGAGGGCCAGUUUGUGGCUGGCGGAGGAUGAACGCCGGAGAAAGAAAACGAGCCGCAAGGCCAAGAAAACCAAGCGGCGGAAGAGGAAGGAAGUGUCUCCCUCACGGAUGACGACGGACAACGGCGAUCCAUACGGCGGGCUGGACUUCUUCGUCAGCUCAGUCCCGCGGCUUCCCCGUCUCCCGGAAGCCAAGCGCUUCGUCUCCAGUCCACGGGAAUCACAAGCAUUGAACGCAGUCCUGGCGCCCACAGCUUACCGUUGUCCGAACGAACGAGGUCCGGCGGAUCAUUUCUCCCGGAGGAACCCCAUCAGCCACCCGUUCUGUCCCGAUGACGCCGGACAACCGGAAGAGAGCGGCGCUUGGCUGUUCCCCGGGAACCGGCACCUGACGACGAGUCGGGGUCCCCUUCCGCAGCACCCCUCCACCUCGUGGUUCCAGCAGACGCAAGCGAGGAGAGGCCCGUUGCCUCCCAUUCAUUCCCGGACGAACCUCAUGGACGCCGAAGUUCUGGACCUCGAUUCCGACUUCUAAGGACGUGCGGAGAGGUUUCUUUGGCCCAUGCCUGCAAUGGGAUGUACUCUUAGCGAUGUUCGUCGAUCGGCUUGGUUGUGUUUUCUUCCUCUGAGAUAUGGAGACCCUGCUUCUUGUUGUUGUCAUUGUUAAUAUAUGACUUUCUGUUGUUUACACUCUACGUUGACCCUACGCUAGGGUUUCCUUGGCAAGAUUUACUCAAGAGGGAGUUGGCCAAUGCCUUCCUCUGAGAGAGUGUGACUUAAGCCCGAACUUUGAUAGAACUCUCCAAGGUGCUGAGUCCUUAUUUUGUUUGGCACCUUGACGAGGACCUCGAACUGGAUUGGCACAGAGGCGCCCGACACGGAAAGUCAAUUGAACCGUUGCCAUUUCCUCUCAAUCAUUCGUCCUGUUUAAUGGUGUAUUUUUCCCAAAUGACAUGUCUUUCUUGGAGAUCUCCCCUGCCUCCAGCCUUUGCUGAUUCCAGGAAUCCCAGAGUUGGAAGGGACUCCAAGAGCCAUCUAGUCCAACCCCUUUCUGCCAGGUAGGAAGACAUAGUCAAAGUUCAAACUUGAACUGUAGACAGUUUUACAAUAAAGUUAGGGAAGACUCUGAGAAACUCAGGCGCUCUGUUCGUCAAAGGCUUUCAUAGUGGGAAUCAUUGGGGCUCUUUCCGCACGGCCAUAUAACUCAGAAUAUCAAGGCAGGAUAUCCCACAUUAUCUGCUUUGAACUGGAAUAUAUGGCAGUGUGGAUUCAGAUAUCAAAGGCAGAUAUUGUGGGCUUUUCUGCCUUGAUAUUCUGAGUUAUAUGGCUGCGUGGAAAGGCCCUGGGUUGCUGUGAGGUUUCAGGGCUGCAUAAUAAUAACAACUUCCAGCAGCAUUCUCUCCUGAUGUUUCGCCUGCAUCUGUGGCUAAUGGCAUCUUCAAAAAUUCUGUUAACAGUGAAGCAAGUGGAGUGUAUAUAUAUAUUUGAAAUAAUGUCCAGGGUGGGAGAAAGAAGCCUUGUCUGUUUGAAGCAAGUGUCAAUGUUGCAAUUAGCUUGAGUAGUAUUAAGUAUCUACGAAGUUUGCAAAGUUAAUCUGUGAGAAUCCCUGCAUAUGGAAAGCCUGGCUGUUAUUGCCUGGAGGCACCCUCUGUGGAAUGAUGUCCAGAAUGGGAGAAAGGACCUUUGUCUGUUUGAGGCAAGUGUGAAUGUUGCAAUUAGUUUGAGUAGCAUUAGAGUAGCCAUGAAGUUUGCAAAGGCAAUAAGUGAGAAUACCUGCAUAAAGGGAACCUGGUUGUUGUUUCCUGGAGGCACCCUCUGUGGAAUGAUGUCCAGGGUGGGAGAAAGGACCCUUGUCUCUUUGAAGCAAGUGUGAAUGUUGCAAUUUCAAGCUUGAAUCACACCAAUUAGCCAUGAAGUUUGCAAAGUCAAUCAGCGAGGGUAUCUGCAUAGAGGUAGCCUAGGUGUUGUUGCCUGGAGGCAACCUCUGUUUGGGAGGUGUUCACUGGCCCUUGAUUGUUUGCUGUCUGGAGAUCUCUUUAAUUACUGUCUUGAUUCUAGUGUUUUCAAUACUGGCAGCCAAAAAUUGUUCAUUUUCACGGUUUCCUCCUUUCUGUUGAAAUUGUCCACAUGCUGUAUGGCCAUGCUCCAGAAGCAUUCUCUCCUGACGUCAGGAAGGAAUGCUUCUGGAACAUGGCUAUACAGCCUGGAAAACUCACAGCAACCCAGUGAUUCCAGCCAUGAAAGCCUUCGACAACACAUUGUCUACCUGCUUCUUGUGGAUUUCAGUAGUUUCUCUGUGUAGCCUGACAUAAUUUUAAGAAUGAUUGUGUUCCCAAAUAAUAUUCUGUACCCAGGUUGGUUCAUCAAGUGUUCUGCUAUAGCUGGCUUCUCUGGUUGAAAGGAUACCUCCAGGCAACAACAGCCAGGCCACCUCUAGGCAUAUACCCUCGCUGAUUCACUUUGCAAACUUCAUCGCUACUUAAUCCGUUCAAGCUUGCUAAUUGCAAGUGUGAAUGUUGCAAUUAAAACCUCCGGAACAGGGUGCCUCCAGGAAACAACAGCCAGGUUACCUCUACACAGAUACCCUCGCUGAUUGACUGUGCAAACUUCAUGGCUAUUCAAUGGUAUUCAAGCUUGCUAAUUGCUGGUGUGAAUGUUGCAAUUAACACUUCUCAAUCAGAGGGUGUCUCCAGGCAAAAGAGGCCAGGCUACCUCUAUCCAGAUACCUUCCCUGAUUGACUGUGUAAACAUCAUGGCUACUCAAUGCUGUUCAAGCUUAUUAAUUGCUAGUGUCAAUCAGAGGAUGCCUCCAGGCAACAAGAGCCAGGCUACCUCUAUCCAGAUACCUUCCCUGAUUGACUGUGCAAACUUCAUGGCUACUCAAUGCUAUUCAAGCUUACGAAUUGCUAGUGCCAAUCAGAGGAUGCCUCCAGGCAACAAGAGCCAGGCUACCUCUAUCCAGAUACUUUCCCUAAUUGACUUUGCAAACUUCAUGGCUACCCAAUGCUAUUUCAAGCUUGCUAACUGCAAGUGUAAAUGUUGCAAUUAAAACUUCACAAACAGGAUGCCUCCAGGCAACAGAGGCCAGGCUACCUCUAUGCAGAUAAACUCCCUGAUUGACUGUGCAAACUUCAUGGCUACCCAAUGCUAAUUCAAGCUUGCUAACUGCAACAUCCACACUAGCUUCAAACAGACAAAGGUUCUUUCUCCCACCCUGGACAUUAUUCCACAGAGGGUGCCUCCAAGCAACAACAGCCAGGCUACCUCUAUGCAGAUACCCUCACUGAUUGACUUUGCAAACUUCAUGGCUACUCAAUGCUAAUUCAAGCUUGCUAAUUGCAACAUCCACGCUUGCCAGCCAACGACAUGAAAAGGAUCCUAAGACUCAAGGAGGAGGCUCUACAUUUCAUCCUUCCGUCUUUGCUUUCUGUAUUGGCGUUUGCACACAGCAUUGCAUAGACUGUCAAGUGUGACCUUUGUUGUCGUUUGUAAUGGACAUCUAUUCGGUCAGCCAGCCCAAGCUGACCCUUUUCACACAUCGGCACCACAACAGUGUUUUUCUACUUUGUAACUGACUGGGGGGAAAAAAAGAGUUGUAUUUUCAAUAUGCAGUUUUCAAAUAAAUAUAUGCCAUUGUUUUAUA